AUGCUUAUCUACAAGGAUAUCCUCACCGGUGACGAGCUCAUCUCCGACUCUUACGAUCUCAAGGAGGUCGAUGGCAUCGUCUACGAGGCCGACUGUGCCAUGAUCGAGGAGGGUGGCGUUAACGUCGAUAUCGGUGCCAACGCUUCCGCCGAGGAGGCUGCUGAGGACCUCGAGGACCAGGUCGUCAAGGUCAACAACAUCGUCAGCUCUUUCCGUCUCCAGGAGACCUCUUUCGACAAGAAGAGCUACCUCACCUACCUUAAGGGUUACAUGAAGGCUGUCAAGGCUGCUCUCCAGGAGAAGGGUGCCCCCGCCGAGGAGAUCACUGCCUUCGAGAAGGGUGCCCAGAACUAUGUCAAGAACGUCGUCCUUGCCAAGUUCAAGGACUUCGAGUUCCUUACUGGAGAGUCCAUGAACCCAGACGGAAUGGUUGUCCUUCUCAACUACCGUGAUGAUGGUGUCACCCCCUACAUCACCGUCUGGAAGCACGGUCUUACCGAGAUGAAGGUCUAA